AUGUCCGCCCCCAGGUCCAAAGAACAUCUUCGUCUUGCUCUUGAGAUUCGUCGCAACGGUCUCCCUGCGCCCGUCCCCUGCGAUUAUUGUUUUGCGAACAACCGUCAGUGCGUCGCGAUGCCCGAAGUCGAUGGCAAGCGUUUGAAGUGCUCAGAGUGCACUCGUCUGGGUCACCUAUGUGUGAACAUGUCGUGGGUGUCUCUAGACAAGACUCGUGAAGAGUAUCAAAAGAAGGUGGAUGAGGAUGAGCAGCUGUUGGCUCAAGUUAUUUCGCGCUUGAUGCGAAACAAGAGGAUUUUAAAGCAGGCUGAAGAGCGUGCUGCGAAAAAGACUAUGUGUCUAGCGAAUUCCUUGCGCGCUGGUGGUGAUGACGUGGAUGCGCAGGAGUCCUUGGACUGCCCCGCGGCGGAUGCGUUGGUGGGGUUUUCGCCGGUUAUGUGGAGUACUUUGGGGUCCUUAGACGCCUUAGCGUCGCCCUCAAAUCCUGGCGAUGCGCCGGUUUUCUCCUUAUGA